UCUUUCGCGGAACUCUCACGGCACAUCAUCGCAUCACCGAUUUCUUGCGCGCCCGGAGGCAUUUCUCUAAUUUCCAUAAAUCGGAAUAAGGAUCAGCUGCAAUGGCACUAAGCCGUAUCUAUACAGCAAAGUUGGCCUGUGCUACCAAUAAGAAUGUCCUGCCAGCGAUCGCUACCUUCGUGCGCAAUGCAUCCGACAGCACAGACCUGAAGGCUAUUCUGACGGAAAAGGUACCGAAGGAGCAGGAGCGUAUCAAGAACUUCCGCAAGCAGCAUGGCGGAACGAAAGUGGGCGAAGUCACCGUCGAUAUGAUGUACGGUGGUAUGCGUGGAAUCAAGGGGCUGGUGUGCGAGACCUCCGUGCUUGACCCCGAUGAGGGCAUCCGCUUCCGUGGGCUGUCGAUCCCCGAAUGCCAGCAGGUGCUCCCGAAGGCUCCAGGUGGUCAGGAACCACUGCCGGAGGGUCUGUUCUGGCUGCUGAUUACCGGUGAUGUCCCGUCGAAGGCGCAGGUUGAUGCGUUGUCCCGCGAGUGGGCCAACCGCGCUGCCCUCCCUUCGCACGUCGUUACGAUGUUGAACAACAUGCCAGCGACGUUGCACCCGAUGUCGCAGCUGUCCUGCGCCGUGACCGCACUCAACCAUGAGAGCAAAUUCGCCAAGGCGUACUCGGAAGGUGUGCACAAGAGCAAGUACUGGGAGUACGUGUACGAGGACAGCAUGGACCUGAUCGCGAAGCUGCCCGUCAUCGCCGCCACCAUCUACCGCAACACGUACCGGGAUGGAAAGGGCAUCGGUGCCAUCGACCCCAAGAAGGAUUGGUCGGCCAACUUCACCAAGAUGUUGGGCUACGAGGACGAGAAGUUCACGGAGCUGAUGCGUCUGUACCUGACGAUCCACAGCGAUCACGAGGGCGGCAAUGUGUCGGCUCACACCGUCCAUCUGGUCGGUUCGGCCCUGAGCGACCCCUACCUCUCGUUUGCCGCCGGCAUGAACGGUCUCGCUGGUCCGCUGCACGGUCUCGCCAACCAGGAGGUGCUCGUGUGGCUGCAGAAGCUGCGCAAGGAGCUCGGCGACAAUGCCAGCGAGGACAAGGUGAAGGAGUUCAUCUGGAAGACGCUCAAGUCGGGCCAGGUCGUGCCCGGCUACGGUCAUGCCGUCCUGCGCAAGACCGACCCGCGCUACACCUGCCAGCGCGAGUUCGCCCUCAAGCACCUGCCCAACGACCCGCUGUUCGGACUGGUUUCGAACAUCUACAAGGUCGUCCCACCAAUCCUGACCGAGCUCGGCAAGGUCAAGAACCCGUGGCCGAACGUAGACGCCCACUCCGGUGUGCUGCUCCAGUACUACGGCCUGAAGGAGAUGAACUACUACACCGUGCUGUUCGGUGUGUCGCGUGCCCUCGGCGUGCUGGCCUCGCUGGUGUGGGACCGCGCCCUUGGUCUCCCGAUCGAGCGCCCCAAGUCGAUGUCGACCGAUGGACUGAUGAAGGCCACUGGCGCUAAGUAAAUUCCCACACCCACCGCCUCCCCUUCAACGCCACCCAAAAACACAACACACAUCCUUUGCACUCGUAAUCAUAAGAUUCAUCGAAAAGAGUAAUUUAAAUACACCUUCGCAACAUAUGUACACAUACACUACACACACACAAAUACACACAAACUACCUGCUCGCCCGCCUUCCUGCGUCCACGUUACAAUCCCCUCAGCCCCACUCCUUCCUUAGCGGAAAACCCGAGCAAGCGAUAUUAUUAUUUAACGCUCGGCAAAGAAGCACCGAAUCGAUGUCACCCUGGGACGAUUUAGUGGAGGGAAGUAUCAACUUGCAACCAAAAACUACCAAACUCUGAGAUAAUACCUGAUUAACGAAAAGAAAAGUGAACAAAAAAGCACUUAACAAACUUAAAACGUUGUAGCUUUUAAAAGUAAACUAUUGUGCAAACAACCGAAAGCUUAAUGGAAACAACAUUGAACAGGACGAGAACAAACGAUAAUUACAUGCUAAUAAUAAUGAUGUCGCUCUCUCGUAGAGAGUGACGCAAAACCAAUCAAAACCUCCCUAUCUCGAGUCUGCGGAUUGAAACGAAACGACAUAGGAAAGGAGAACGAGAUCCUUUUCCGGAAAGAAGUUGUUCUGUGUGUGUGUGUAUGUUGGGAGGGGGCUCGUAUGGGAUGCGCACGCAGUUGGCCAGUCUCGGUGGAGUUGUUGGAGUUGAUGCAGUGUAUCUAUGGAGGGAAACAAGUAGAUGAAUUACUGGAUCCGAAUAAUAUUUAACUAGAAGCCAAGCCCAAGUUUCUAGGGGUAGUGUUCAUUAAAGUAGCGACCAGGUCGACCAGGAGCGAUAAUAUCGUUUGUAGGGGAUAGUUGUGUUCCUUUACCACUUGUGUACUCAACUCUUCUUGGACGCACGCCACACGGCGUGUCUUAGUCAAAUAGUUUCGUCCUUCGUUUCGCGCCUGGCGAGAAUCGUGAACCCCUAAUGCAUUAUUUGGUUUUAAGCACCGUUUAUGAACUUAAUUAGCUUAAAAAGAUUGAAUUUAGAUUGCUCGGCUUUGUUUCUCUUUCUUAGUAUACUUCGUUGAUGUACAAGGUGCGUGUGUGUAUUUUUAUGCUUGUGAAAAUGGGUUUUUGUGAUGCAGUACAAUGCAGGUCAGGUAACAAACUAGUAGAAGAUGAUUUUUUUCAUUGAACCGAUGUUGGAACGUGUUCGGAUGUCUAUUUGUGCUGCUUGUGUUUGUACCAUUUAUAGUAGGAUAUUGACAAAUGAUGUUUUUAAUUUAUUGGAUUUGAGAAAAUAAGACACGUGCUUCAAUGGCAUCAACUCUGAGGAACUGUCUUUGGCCUCCGUACAAAUAAACUGCACUUUCAUUCGCAGAAAUACACCUGCAUUUGGUUCUCAUCCUUCUUCACGAUACACUUCGAGUGUUAUAAUGAUAUGAUAUUACUUCUUUCGGUAAAAAUGAAUGACUUGGGCUGAUGAAGUCCAAAAACUUAAGGCACACCAAAUGGCAGCACUCAAAUAGCAAAACCAAAUUAGUAAAUCUUCUGACAAUAAAUGACAA